AUGAAGCUAAUGGAGGGCUUCGUGCAGGUGGCUGUAGCCCUGUGCUGCUUCAUAAAUACUGUCUUUGGAGUUGAGGUCGACUGCAGCCAGUAUCCCAGCGGCGUCACUAAGGACGGCACGGCCUGGGUAGCCUGCCCGAGGAACUUCUCGCCCGUGUGCGGCACGGACGGCUCCACGUACAGCAACGACUGUGGCAUCUGCCUCCACAACAGGGAACACAACGACCAUGUUGGCAAACAGUACGAUGGAGAAUGCGAGCAGAAACUUAUUCGGGUUGACUGCAGUAGAUACCGUAGAGCUGUAAAAGAUGGUGACGCUCUGAUAGCCUGUCCAAGGAUACUGAAACCAGUCUGUGGCUCUGACAGCUUCACUUACGACAACGAAUGUGGGAUCUGUGCCUAUAAUGCGGAACAUCACACCAACAUUAGUAAAAAGUAUGAUGGAGAAUGCAAGCAUGAGAUUGUCUCGAUUGACUGCAGCAAGUACCCAGCAGAAGUCACUAAAGGUGGCAAAACAGUAGUCUCCUGUCCAAGGGUCCUGCAUCCAGUUUGUGGCACAGAUGGUUUUACAUAUGAUAAUGAAUGUGGGAUCUGUGCCCAUAAUGGAGAGCACAGGACCAACGUUGGCAAAAAGCAUGAUGGAAAAUGCAAACAGGACAUUCCCACACUUGAGUGCAGUCAAUACCCAUCGAAAGUAUCUGAGGAUGGUAAAGCCCGGGUAAGCUGUCCGAGGAUCCUGCUCCCAGUGUGUGGCACAGAUGGGUUCACUUAUGACAAUGACUGUGGCAUCUGCGCCCAUAACAUAGAACACGGAACUGACGUUAAGAAGAGCCAUGAUGGAAGAUGUAAGGAGAAAAGUCUCCCAGUUGACUGCAGCAGUUAUCUGACUGGUACUACCAAAUCCGGCGAAGCCAUCACAGCCUGCCCCUUCAUCCUGCAUGAGGUCUGUGGAACGGACGGUGUCACCUACAGCAAUGACUGUGCCCUGUGUGCCCAUAACUUGGAAUUUGGAACCAAUGUAGGCAAAAAGCAUGAUGGAAAAUGCAUAGAGGAAGUUCCUCAACUCAACUGCAGCAAGUACCGAAUAGCUACCACAGAUGACGGCAGGCAGCUGAUGCUCUGCACGAUGAUCUACAGUCCCGUCUGUGCUACUGAUGGUGUCACUUAUGCCAGCGAAUGUAUGCUGUGUGCCCACAACCUAGAGCAUCAGAGCAAUCUUGGCAAAAGGAACGACGGAAGAUGUGCAGAGGAUAUUACAAAAGAUUAUUGCAGCAGCUACCAAGAACCCUCUUCUUUCUGCACCAUGGAAUAUAUGCCACACUGUGGCUCUGACGGCAGAACAUACGACAACAAAUGUACUUUCUGCAAUGCAUUCAUGGAGAGCAACAGGACUCUCAUACUCAUUGCUCAGAGAGAAUGCUAA